AAAUAUACCUCCGUGCAUUACAAGGCCCCAGCAGGAAUCAACUGGCCCUGAUCGGCACAGUAAUGGAGAAGGAGAGAGGAAAAAGAAGAGCUGCUUCUGAAAUGCGCCCCCCUGUGGGGUGUAAGAGAAAGAACCCUGAGAGUGUCCUGAUGGAGAGAGCAGACUCCCCUGUGCUCAGCUGUGUUUCCCUGAAGAGUGACGCGUCAAUGGAGCAACCAAUCAAAUUCAGAGAGGGAGCUUUUCAUACAGAUCAAAGAGACCAAAUGGAAGAAUACAGUUCAGAUCUACAUGAUAAAUCAGGUUUAUCAUCCAUAUUGAAGUCGCUAGAGGAAAAAGCCAUGAAGUUCCUAAAGGAGGAACUGAAGACGUUUGUGAGGCACCUAGAUCAGAAUUACCCAGAAUGCUCUGAGCCUCAGCUGGAGGAGGACAAUGACCUGGACUGUGAUGGUCAGAUGCAGAAGACCAGUGUUAGAGAGGUAGCUCUGAAGAUCACACUGUACAUCCUGAGGACCAUGAAGCAAAAUGAUCUUGCUGACAUGCUGGAGAAGAGACAGCUCAUGCUACAAGAAUUUAAAUGUAAACUUAAGAAGCAAUUUGAGUGUGUAUUUGAAGGGAAAGCUAAGGAAGGACAGCCAACACUUCUCAGUGAGAUUUACACAGAACUCUACAUAACUGAAGGUGGGACUGGAGCAGUCAAUGAUGAACAUGAAGUGAGACAGAUUGAAACAGCAUCCAAGAAAAGGCGAACAGAAGAUACUACAGUCAAGUGCAAUGAUAUAUUUAAACCCUUAUGUGGGUGUGAGACACCUAUCAGAACUGUACUCACUAAAGGGGUGGCAGGUAUCGGGAAAACAGUCUCUGUGCAGAAAUUCAUUCUCGACUGGGCAGAAGGAAAAGCAAACCAGGAUGUUCACUUCAUAUUUGCUCUUCCUUUCCGGGACCUGAAUUUGAUUAAGGGUGAAUACAGUCUGAUUGAACUGCUUCACCAUUUUGUCCCAGAACUGAAAUCAUUUCAAUCCACUGAGCUGUUUAGGUACAAAGUCUUGUUCAUCUUUGAUGGUCUCGACGAGUGUCGCCUUCCUCUGGAUUUUCAGAACAAUGAGAGCUGGUUUGAUGUAACAAAGAAAACAUCACUGGAUGUGCUGUUGACUAACCUCAUUAAGGGGAAUCUGCUCCCAUCCGCUCUCCUCUGGAUAACCUCCCGGCCAGCAGCAGCCAAUCAGAUACCUGCUAAGUGUGUCUACCAGGUGACAGAGAUACGAGGGUUCAGUGAUGCCCAGAAGGAGGAGUAUUUCAGGAGGAGAUUUAAUGAUCAGAGCCUGGCCAGCAGAAUUAUCACACAUGUGAAAUCAUCAAGGAGCCUCUUCAUCAUGUGCCACAUUCCUGUGUUCUGCUGGAUUUCAGCCACUGUGUUUCAGAGAUUUUUUAGUGAGACUGACAGGGGAGAAAUUCCAAGGACUCUGACUGAAAUGUACACACACUUCCUGAUCUUUCAGACAAGUUUAAAAAAUGACAAGUAUAUGAAAAACCAUGAAACUAAGCUUAAGGAAUACAGCAAGGAAUUCCUUUUAAAACUUGGUAAACUGGCUUUUGACAACCUUGAGAAAGGCAAUCUCAUAUUUUAUAAGCAAGAUCUGACAGGGAAUGGCAUUGAUGUCACUGAAACUUCAGUUUACUCUGGAGUGUGCACAGAAGUCUUUAAAGAGGAGUAUGGGUUGUACCAGGAGAAGGUGUACUGCUUUGUGCAUCUGAGCAUCCAGGAGUAUCUCGCUGCUUUAUAUGUGUUUCUGUCAAACUCAUCAGCUGACCUGCUGAAGACUGCAGUGAAUCAGGCAUUGAAGAGCAAGAAUGGACACUUGGACCUCUACCUCCGCUUCCUCCUGGGCCUCUCAACAGACUCCAGUAAGACUCUGUUACAAAGGCUACUGGGGCCAACAAAAAUCAGCUCAGAUACCAUUAAGGAAACAGCCCAAUACAUCAAGGAGAAAAUACAGGAGAAUUUAUCUCCAGAAAGGACCAUCAACCUGUUCCACUGUCUGACUGAGCUGGGUGACAAUUCUCUAGUAGAGGAAGUACAAAGAUACCUGAAUUCAGGAAACAUUUCAGCAGAUGACCUCUCACCUGCACAGUACUCAGCUCUGGCCUUUGUGAUGCUGAUGUCGGAUGAGGAGCUGGAUGUGUUUGAUCUGAAGAAAUACAUCAGAUCAGAUAAAGAGCACUGCAGGCUGCUGCCUGUGGUCAAGAACUCCAGGACGGCUCUGCUGAACAGCUGUGAUCUCAUAGACAUAAACUGUGAAGUGCUGUCUUCAGCUCUAAGAUCAAACUCUUCCCCCCUGAGAGAGCUGGACCUGAGUGACAAUGACCUGAAGGAUUCAGGAGUGAAGCUGCUCUCUGCUGCACUGGGGGAUUUACACUGUAAACUGAAGAUACUGAGGCUGUCAGGCUGUAGAGUCACAGAAGAAGGCUGUUCUUACCUGGCUUCAGCUCUGAGGUUAAAUCCCUCACACCUGAGAGAGCUGGACCUGAGCUACAAUCACCCAGGAGACUCAGGAGUGAAGCUGCUCUCUGCUGUACAGGAGGAUCCCAGCUGUAAACUGGAGAAGCUGCAUGUGGAUCACAGUGGAGAGUGCAGGACCAGACCAGGCUUACAGAAAUGUAAGUGUCUUUGCAUGUUUUUAUUAAUAAUACCAUUAAUACUAUGUUAUGGUUGUAUUCACACAAUUGUUGUGAUGAGUGUGGCUUUUUGCACUGUGUGUAGAUGGAUUUCCAUGUUUGUGUUUAGGUGAGUUUCAUGACAUUUUAGACAAA